AUGUCAACGAUAUUGACUACUAUUGGAAAACAAGUUACGAUAUAUUUGGGAAUGCCAGUUUUUAUUAGUGGUAUUGUAGGAGGAAUAUUAAAUCUUAUCGUAUUUCUUAGUCUUCAUACAUUUCGACAAAGUUCAUGUGCAUUUUAUUUAAUUAUUAUGUCUAUUCUUAAUAUUGGUCAAUUAUUUUGUGGUUAUUUUAGUUUACGUAUUAUAAAUGCUCUGAUAGGUGUAGAUUUAACAGCAAUAUCAUUAUUUUUUUGUAAAUUUCGAAUAUAUAUUUCUCAAUUAUGUUCAGGGUUAUCAUUAACAUGUCUCUGUUUGGCAACAAUUGAUCAAUAUUUAGCAACUUGCUCUCGGGUUCACUGGCAACAAUUAUGUAAAAUUAAAUUAGCGUAUCGUCUAGUACUUAUAAGUACUCUUAUUUGGAUAUUACAUGGAAUUCCAUAUUUAAUAUAUUUUAAUGAUGUUCUAUCAUCUUCGACAAAUCAAACUUCUUGUGUUAGUGUUAAUUCAAUAUUUAAUAAUUAUCGUAAUAAUUUUUUUAUUGUUGUUUUAAUCGGAUAUUUACCAAUGAUUAUUGCAUCUUUAUUUGGAUUAUUAGCUUAUCAUAAUUUACAACAGAUGUCUCAUCGUACUAUUCCACUCAUACGACGUGAAUUAGAUAAACAAUUAACAACUAUGGUUUUAGUACAAGUUAUUGUCAAUAUCUUUACUUUACUACCAUAUACAACUAUAAAUGCAAUUACUACAAAUCCAAAUCUUGCUAAUGAUUCAAAUAUUCAAGAAAAACUUCAAUUUGCUUUGACUAUAAUUAAUCCUUUUUACUACGCAUAUUUUUCAGUAAGUAUCAAUGAACUUUUAAUUACGCUUUCAUUAUAA